AUGAGUAAUGGAUGGGUGGGCACGUGGAGGCCCCAUCGUCCACGAGGACCAGUCAUGGCCCAGUAUUCCAGCCCUGGGCCAAAGUACAACAUACCGGGAGCAACAGGUUAUAUCUCACACAUCCCUACCAAAAGGAAAGCCCCUGCCUAUAGUAUGUAUGGCUCAAAGCCCCUAUCCAGCAAAGACAGAGUUCCGGGUCCUUACGAUGUGCAGGGCUAUAUGACAAACAGAGGAAGGCAAUCAGCUCCAUCUUAUACAAUGAGUGGUCGAUUCAAAGUGAAAAAGGAGAUUACCCCAGGUCCUGCCUCUUACUCACCAGAGAAGGCACGGAAAAUAAUUUAUCAAAGUCCUCCUGCACAUUCUUUGUCAUUCAGGACUCGUGGCUACAAAGUAGACGCCACACCAGGUCCCAGCACUUACACGAUGCCUGAGGUCCUUGGGGCGCACACAGUGGCCACCCCUGCCGGCCCUUCUUACUCCAUAACAGGGAGGAGUAAGCUUGGGCGUUUUGAUGAAGACUUGCAUAAGACCCCUGGUCCUGCUGCAUAUCAUAAGCCCGACACAGAUAUCUACAAAAAGAGAGCACCCAAGUAUUCUAUGGCCAGUCGAAGCAAGGGUCUAAGAGCUGGGAAAACACCUGGGCCUGCAGACUAUACUGUAGGAAAGGUAUCAUUGCUCAAAUCUUGUGCUCCAGCUGCCACUUUUGGAAUCAGACACUCUGACUACACAACACCUCUGAUUGUGGACGUCUGCUGA